UGCACGGGUCGGAUGAGAGGGGGAGAGGAGACAGCUGGAUGUGAGAUUUAACUGAGACACCUUAUCCGUCUCACAGCGCGGUACUGUCGGCGUGCAGAUCAGCGGCCUGCCUACCCACCGACCUGUGGUUCUUUCACGCCCCCCCCAUCACCCAUCCUUGAUGUUCUGCUGUCCUUCUUCCUCCAGCGGUUCUUCUGUUCUUAGGAUGCGACGGGCCCGCGCUGCUCGUCACAGUGAGGAAACAUCCUUCAGCCGCUGUUCUGCCUCCAGGUGCCUGGCUCCUCUUCAACAGAUAGAUGGGCUCAUCGGGAAUAUUUAGCCUGGGUUAGAAGAUUUAGAAGGCGUCGUGCAACCGGGCAGGCAUCACUGUGGGAGUGUCCUCCAUCCUCCAUAAAGCAGUAUCAGCUGACAUCAAGUAAGUGAUGGCGGUGUUCCCUCUGCUUCCUCUCUGCGUGCUGCUCCUCUCCCUCCACACUCUGGGUGGAGCGUCUCCUUCCUGUCCUGUGAGCUGCCGCUGCUACAGCCUCACAGUGGAGUGUGGCUCCACCAGCCUGAGGGACAUCCCCAAACACGUCCCCCCCUCCACACAGACCAUCUUCCUGCAGGACAAUGUGAUUGGUCAGAUCCGUCGUCAGGACCUGACUCUGUUGAAACACCUGCACUACCUGUACCUGCAGAACAACAGCAUCUCAGCAGUGGAGCCUGGCUCUUUCCAGAACCAGGGUCAGCUGUUGGAGCUGGCUCUGAACGGGAACCGGGUCCACCUGGUGACAGCUGACAUGUUCCAGGGACUCGAACAUCUGCGCAUUCUUUACCUGGCAGGAAAUGACAUCACACGCCUGCUGGACUACACCUUCCGUGGUUUACAGCGCCUGCAGGAGCUCCACCUGCAGCACAACAGCAUCGAGAUGUUAGCGGAGCAGGCUCUGGUCGGGCUCAGCUCUCUGGCUCUGCUGGACCUGAGCAGGAAUAACCUCCACACCAUCGGCCCCGCCACCCUCAGACCUCUGGUCAGCCUGCAGGUGCUGCGCAUCACAGGUGAGCACCACACACAGGAACAGCAAAUUCAUGUUUUUCUUUAUGUUUCUUUGACAACAAUAUCUGGACAGCAUUUUAUUGCUUUUGUUCAACAGACUAGCUCAGCCUUUAGUCUUUUAUAUAUAUAUAUAUAUAUAAAAGACUAAAGGCUGAGCUAUAUACUGUAUAUUGGGCUUAUUGGGUUGACAUUGUUUUUGAUUGAACCCCAACCGGAAGAUGUUUGCUCUUACACUUUACCGCUCAAUCUGCCAGGCCGUAGAGCAAGGAGGGCAAUCCACAUACGGAGAUGAAAGUUCAACACUCACUGGCAGCGACAUUCAGACUCCGCUUGAGAGAUAUGCUCAAAUAAGUGGGCUUUUAGGUCUUCUUAUGCUUGUUAGUGUUCUUAAGACAGGGCCAAAACCUUGCUGUGUUUCUCUGAAAAUGUAAAAGUUGAGUUGCUCUGAGCACCAGAACAGCAGAACACUCAGAAAGAAGGACGCUGGGUGAAGUGCUUUUUCUCGAGGCAACUGCAUACGAUGGCAUGCAAUCUCUCCUCAUUGAAAACAAAUGCAAAAACACGCUGGUGCUCAUGAAAAAGGCUCUAUGUGGAAACAGCUCCUUGCAGUCAAUGCAUUUCUCUAUGUCAGUGCAGUUUUCCGAAGAUCAAAUACAUACACACGCUUGUUCACUGAACAUGAACUCAUCGUCUUUCAGUUCUCUGAUAUGUCUCCC